AUGCGCGCACACGUCUUGGGCCUGAGCGAGGUAAAUGUUGAACUCUCGAAGGACAUAUGGGAGCAACUGUUCGAUGGGAAAAAGGAACAAAACUCGGUGGUUGUGUUGGGAAGAGUCGAAUGGGCAAAGAUGAGCGAGGACCUUGGGACAGGAAGUUGUCUGAUUCCAUUCAAUACUCCCAAUACCAACGUCGAUAUCGUUUCUACAACACCUGUCCCCCUUUCUACUGUGUUCGUCUCUUCACACGCUUAUACCCUAUCACCAGACACGUACUACGAGCACAUCCUCAAGGAGGGCGAGCUAUCCGUCCUGGCCACUGAGCCCGUUCUACAAGGAAUAGCUGUUCGAGACUACACACAGUUUGUUCUUGUUCCCACAACCCACUCAGAGUCCGAUUCGCAGUGUGCCUCCGCCUCGGAUGUAUCAGAGUCAGUUCCCACAUCAGAGUCUGAUGCACUCGAGAUAAAUGAAGACUUCCUGAGAGGAUGGGACCCAGUUGUGCACUCCCACCUACCUCUGACUCCAGUACCAACCCGUGGGAUUGACGAACAAAGUGUAAGCGUCAGUACGCAUGACUUGGCGAAACUUGGUAUACUCUCUGGUGAUUGGGCCGUACUUAGUCCUGGAGAAUCGCAUGCCGACCGUGCAAGACUUGUGCGGGUGUAUGCCAAGGACGAGACAACUCGCUCAACAAUUCAAGCAUCACCUGUUCUACUUUUCAACACAAUAUCCCCAGCUUAUACGUCUAAUUCUAUCGCCUCGAGCAAAUCACCCUCCAACGAACUCUUCCUCCGACCUGCCUCGCACUCAUCCACAUCACUACCCCUCCCCCUGGCACGUAGCAUAACUCUCGCACGGGUCGCUUCGAAAUCAGCGAAUGACAAACGGCUGGCAGACAGGGUCGUCAAGGCCCUGAGGGAGACAUUGCAGGGUGUGGCUAACGACCAAAACAAGCACUCGCCGCUACUGUUAAAGCUAAACGACCUGAUUGCGAUUCACAUCGAUGGUUCGGAGCCUGACCUAGAGGAGUACGAUACCGAAGAGGAAGAAGCACCAGGAAACGUGGAGAAGGCUGUCUCGUCGGUCGAGUUGGAUAUAGAAGCCUCAUUGGUUAGAUCGAGUAAUGCAGAAGAAGGCGCAGGCGAGUCAACGCCGGUGUUUCUCAAAGUCGUGAACAUCGAGUACACCCCCACACCCCUCACAAAUGAUUCUUCCAACCACCCCAGCGAUAACAACUCAUCUCAUGAUCGGACAACUACCGCGAUCGCAUUUGGUGAACUCGGGUGCUUGAUCAAUCCAAACUCUACGCGGGUUUCGAUGAUCGGGGUCGAACAUGGGCUCGUUCCGUGCAUGACACCGUAUGAAGACGACGACGAGAAUGGAGACCUUGAAAACGUCCUGACCCCUUUGUUACGGGCAACGCUUUUACCCAACGCCGCCCAUUACGGUAUCGCGCUAUCUGCACUGGUCCGAGGGGCCAGGGGCUCAGGCAAGGCGCGAAGUAUUAGGAGGUCCGCGGAAAAGAUUGGAGUCGGCGUUUGGGAGAUAAACGCAUAUACACUCAUUUCCGACACAGAAGCCAAGACUGAAGGUGCCGUGCGAGCUCGUUUUGAACAGGCCGCGCUAUGUGCACCGUGUGUAUUCUUAAUUAGGCAUAUCGAGGCCCUGGUGAGACCCGGCCAAGGAGGAAAAGAACCGGCGAUGGCAGCUGUUUUAGCCGAAUGUAUUCGUGAACUAGGUGCAGCAUGGGGGUCAACCGGGUAUCCAGUUGCGGUUGUAGCAACUACUGCUGAACCGGAUGCGAUUCCUGUGGGAGUGAUGGCUUGUUUCAGGCAUGAGAUCGUCCUCGAGAUUGAGGAUUUGAACACGGUAGUAGCCAGCCAAAAGUUACCCCUAGGAGCCGAUGUAGAAUUAGGUGCUGUGGCUCGGGAGACCGCCGCUCUGCACGCUGGAGAUUUGGUACAUCUUGUAAGGGGGGCAAGGGACCAAGCACUGAAACGGGUGCUCAAAGAGCUCUCAAACUUGAAGUCCGAGUCUAAGUCUGAUAUCCCCGUUCCAACGGCACGCGACUUGGCGCUUGCGACUAUACCAGUCACAGCACGGGACUUCGAGUUGGCGCUGGACGGUGCGAGAGCAGCAUACUCCGAGAGCAUUGGUGCACCCAAAAUUCCAAACGUAUCAUGGGAUGAUGUGGGUGGACUCGCGCAUGUAAAGGGCGAGAUUCUGGAUACGAUUCAGCUCCCGCUAGAGCACCCAGAGCUUUUUGCGGACGGGAUGAAAAAGCGGAGCGGUAUCUUGCUCUACGGACCACCAGGAACUGGCAAAACUCUCUUGGCAAAAGCAGUUGCGACUUCAUGUGCACUCAACUUUCUCUCUGUCAAAGGCCCCGAGCUGCUCAACAUGUAUAUCGGAGAGUCUGAAGCCAACGUGCGACGAGUGUUCCAACGAGCUCGAGAUGCAAGACCGUGUGUGGUAUUCUUCGAUGAGCUGGACAGCAUCGCUCCUCGCAGAGGCCAAGCAGGAGACUCGGGUGGUGUGAUGGAUCGGAUAGUCAGCCAAAUUCUGGCAGAGCUCGACGGGAUGGGUACCGGUGGGGGCGGUGGCGAAGUAUUCGUGAUCGGAGCAACAAACCGGCCGGACCUGCUGGACCCUGCUCUACUGAGACCUGGCCGAUUUGAUCGAAUGCUCUACCUCGGGGUCAGCAAGACGCACGGAGAUCAGCUUCGAAUCCUACAGGCGUUGACCCGAAAGUUCAAGCUCGACCCCGGUCUGGAGCUUGCGGCCGUUGCUGAACGGUGCCCGUUCAAUUAUACAGGAGCAGACUUCUAUGCAUUGUGUUCGGAUGCAAUGCUGAAGGCGAUGGCCCGUAAAGCGGAAGAGAUUGAGCGACGAGUCGCUGAAAUCAAUGCGGCACCUCCACUUCCCGAACACUCGUACCCCAUGACGGCUCAAUAUUACCUCGCGGAACUGGCGACCGCAGCCGAAAUAGAUGUACUGGUCAACCAGGACGACUUUGAGCGGGCAUUGAGCGAGUUGGUACCCAGCGUUAGUGCGAGCGAGCUCGAGCACUACCGGGAAGUGCAGCAAAAGUUCGCGUCAUCCACAAUCAACUCGAUUGAAAAGGAACAGCAGGCCUCGGAGAAUGGCGUCGAUAACGAUGUUGAGGCUGAUUUACCAAAGGUAGAUAAAGGGAAAGGAAAGGCGGUUUAG